AUGUCCGGAGAAGCGUGGCUCUACCUGUUGGCGGUGUUGAUCAACGCCGUCAACCUCUUCCUUCAGGUGUUCUUCACCAUCAUGUACAGCGACUUGGAAUGUGACUACAUCAACCCCAUCGACCUUUGCAACCGCCUCAACGCCUACAUCAUCCCCGAAGCCGCCGUCCACGCUUUCCUGACCUUCCUGUUCGUCAUCAAUGGCUACUGGGUCGCUAUUGUUCUCAACCUACCUCUUUUGGCUUUCAACGCCAAGAAGAUCUACGAAAACCAGCACUUGCUGGAUGCGACUGAGAUUUUCCGCAAGUUGAACGUGCACAAGAAGGAAUCCUUCAUCAAGCUGGGCUUCCACCUCCUGAUGUUCUUCUUCUACCUUUACAGCAUGAUCGUCGCUCUGAUCCGCGAUGAAGGCCAUUGA